GCUCUCCUCUGGGUCAAUACGUAAACGCCGACAGGAAGCGUAAACCCAGUGCCUCGCUGUUGUCCUCGAUUCCGGAGCGCGCUGAUCUUCUGUGAGCCAAACAGGAUUCUGAAAAUUCCCCGCAUCUCCAAGUUUCUGAUCCGAUGAUGCUGUCCCCUCCCCAGGCUCGAUUCCGACGGACGGACUCAUUGUGACCGUCGCGGACCGGUUUCUGCUCCAGAUUGUUCGUGAGGAACCCUAGCUUCGCGCUCGGCUCGGCUGGCGUCGGAAUGGGGAACAUUCUGAAUCUCGUGCUUGGAAUGAUUACUACACUGGAACGCCACGUCGGGAAGCGACACCGCCAAGGCAGAAUAGCAGAUGAAGCAUUCGAACCGUGCCGCGUUAUGGUUCUCAGGGCUAUAUCAUACCAGGCUGGAUGUAAGGCAGUCCAUCAAAAGAGGAUUGCAGACGGCCGAUUCGAACUAUUGAGCAUUCUGAUUUGCAGAGCAAUGUCACUGCACAUUCGUCUCGGAUCGGUCUGUGACAAGGGGAUGCAAAAUGAUCAACUUAGACUGUGCUGCAGUGUUCUGGCUUGUGGAGUUAUAUCUGACUACAUCAUCUGUCACGAGUUAUUAAACUCUGAAAAGGGGAUAUCAAGUGAUCCGUUCGAGAGCCUUCCAGAGGACGUGCUAUGCACGAUUUAUCAAAGUUGCCUCUGGAUGAGGCUGUAAGGACCAGUGCGGUAUCAAGGAAGUGGAGAUUCUUGUGGACAGUUUGUCCAAACCUGAGUUUUGAAGGAAUUACAAUGUGCGGCAAGAACCGUGCUUCUGGGGAAAAGCUAUAUGUUCAGAAGUUCAUCGAUAAUGUUAAUGCUGUCUUGGCACAGUGCCGUGGCCGGGUUGUUGACGAGCUUGCGAUCGAAUUUGAUUUUGACACCAUGCUGGUUGACCAUCUCAAUAACUGGGCUCGCUUUGUGGUAUCCUCAUCACAGAUAAAGUUCCUAACUUUUGAUUUGGCACCAGAACGUUUUGGAGGCCUUUAUGAUCGGUACUUGUUUCCGUUCCAACUUUUGGACAGUGGAAGUAUAUCCCGUCUACAGAAAAUCCAUCUUAGCUUUGGGUAUCUCCGGCCACCAACCGGGUUCAGUGGUUUCCCUAACCUACGGAAGCUUGAUCUGAACUUAGUGAAUGUCGGCGGAAAAGAUCUUCAAGACAUGUUGUCAAAUUGCUCUAACCUGGAGUGGUUAAGUAUUGUUAGAUGUCAUCUCUAUGAUGAACUAGAGGUUAAUGGUCCGCUGCCUCGCCUGCUACACUUGCAUUUUUCAUUCUGCGAGAUAACGAAGAUUGCAUUGCAUGCUGUGAAACUCAGAAAUUUUGUAUACAAGGGGAAGCCGGUAUGUAUCGACCUUGGUAAAUCUUAAAGACUCGAAAGUGCAGAUAUUAGUUUUUAUGGAGUGACUCUUGAGGAUGCUACCACCCAACUUGCUAAUGUGUUUACACAUGUUCAAAAUCUGAUUUUUGAUACUUGCUACGAACCACCACAGAUGCCCUGCCUGAUGCAUAACCCAUGCAAGUUUUCCCAGCUGAGGCAUUUAAAAGUGAUGCUGCUAUUUGAAAACGAUGUUGACACUCCGCAUUUGGUCUCCUUUCUGACAUCCUCUCCUUUCCUCGAAACACUAGAGAUGGAUUUUAUUGUUUCUCCUUCCCUAUACACGGGACACGUGCCUAUGAAGGGACUUAUGGAGGGUCCAUAUAAAUAUCUGAAGAAUGUGUGCAUGACAGCAUUCCGAGGAUCCAAAGGCCAGCUUGAAUUUCUUUUGCACAUAGUGGGAAAUGCCCCUGCUUUGGGAAUUUUAAAUAUUGACCAUUCGUAUAAACAGGUGAAGCGUGUGUGGAAAGAUCCCGCAAAGGAAGCGAAAUUCGUGGAUUCAGCACAUCGAACCGCUAGAAUAUAUCUCGAAGGAAAAAUCUCUCCCAAGUGCUCUGUAAGAUUGCUUUAAGCAGGGUUUAAGUGGGAUAUACAGCGAUUGAUCUUGCAAAUGUAGUGUUAUGGUAGUGUACAUAAUCUAUGAUAGUUGCUUCUACUAAUUGUUAUGGCCGGUGAUUGUUUAGGCCCCCUCCCACUGAAAAUGCACCGCCUUUUAGAUUUAAGUUAGGACAAUUCUAUUGUCAACAAGUACACUAUUAGUAUGUGACUUAUGUGAUACAAAACCACAGCCACAAAUAAGUUCUUUCAAAUAUGAUCUAAUUAAUGACACCAUUUUUAUAUCACAUAAAAGCUAUACUAAUAGAGUAAUUGUUGGUCAGAAACCCAAUAUGCGACGUAUUUCAAAACUCAUGGAAUGUAUGAAAGUAACAUAUAACAUCAUCUUCUAUUAUAGAAAACAUCCAUUGUUCUUGUUCAGGUGUCUGUUAAUUAUAGCUGGUGUGGUCCUCAUGCACCAUCCAUUUCAUUGUUUCCGGCUCACCCACUCAAAUCAUAGAGUGUGAUUAAACAACUAGCGUGAAAGCAGUUGCGCAUUAGCGCAUCCGUUUUCUUGCUCUAUCUUCCACUGAUGUGGCUCAUUAUACUGUCAGUUAUAUACCGCAAAGAGAACAUAUAUAAGUAAUGGUACGAAAUAAUUGUCUGGUAAGCAAAAUCUGCCAUUUUAGGUGACAUCAGCCCCGGAGCAGGAAGAGUGGCACAGAUGAUCAUGAAACAAUCGAGAAAAAACUUUUGGUGAGAAUGAGAUAGCAUGAUCUUAUCGUACAAAAAAGAGGCAGCAUGGUACUACCAUCUAGGAUUUCCUAAAACUAAGCCGUUUAACGUGGAACAUGCACUCUGGUGAACAAUAGUUAAGAAAAACAAUAAAAUUUCAGAUCCUGAACUUUCUUGACAAACGUUGCUGAGUAUUUCACCUGUGUGCAAUGUUUCGUGAAGAAAAAACUUUUGUACUGCUCUCGGGAAAUAAUCUGUUUUUCUUUUCUAGACUAUCACGGAUGUCAUUCCAUAUAAAAAAUGUACUGAAGUUCCAUUUUUUGUUUUCCAAAUUAAUCGCUUAAAUUUGGGACUUAUAUUUUGAUGUGGAACAACAAGCAUAGAUAUAUAACAAGUUAUCCGAAACUUGGGGUCACCGAAUUCUAACCGCAAAGGAUUUCGGCUACAAACAACGCUUUGAUUAAAUACAACUAAUUUUGAAGCUGCAUGUAGUCCGCGUUGAAAUCUCUAGAAAGACUUAUAUUUAGGAACGGAGGGAGUAACAUGGUUUGUGCAUGCCUGAGGCUGUUACAUGAUUUGUUUCUUUCCUUCUAUACAAUUAUGAUUUGUUUCUUUCCUUCUAUACAAUUACAUGAUUUGUUUCUUUCCUUCUAUACACAAAUUCUUUCCAUCUAAAUUCAUGACAGAAAAUGGCAAGUAAUGAUGUGCGAAGAUAUAAAUAGCCUUGAGUAGGUCAGUCUUACCUCUUACCCUCAACAGGUAAUAGAUCACCCUAGUCAUUAGCCCAUUUCAUCUAUAGCGUUUCUACUCCUCCAAUCCCCUCUCUGGUCCCCAUUCUUUCAUUCCUUUAGAUGGGUAGGAAUUAACCAUAGAUCGGAUCGGCCGGCGCCGUCUUUGCGGCCGGUUUGGACUUUGGACCCAUCGCGAAGAAGCAGAUGGAGGCCAAGAGUGGGUGUCUCGACAACAUCGUGAAGGAGGCCAGGCGCAGGCGCAGGGAGAAGGCCAGGCGAAGGGAAGAAGAGGCAGACAGGAAGCAUUUUACUUAUCGCAUCGAACAGAUGGAGGAGGAUGAGGAGUACGACCGCACAGUUACAAAGCAGAUGCCGCGGCCAAGUAUCGUCAAGUACCAUGAUUUCUUGGGGAAAUUAUAUAUGGGGAUGGGAUAGACUGAUACCAAAAGCGCUUUACAUCUCUUGGCCUGACUAUAGCGCCUACCUUGAAGAGUAUCACCGCCGCAACAUUGCCGUGGUCAGAGACAUGGCUGAUCUCGCUGAGGCUUGUCUCGUCAAGGAGGAGCAGCUCGUGUCCGAGUGGAAGAAGAACCGGAUGACAUCUGGAGAGGAGAUGGUCUUGCCGAUGAGGAAAUCGAUCGUUCUGAGCUGCCUGAUCCACCAGCGUGCACGUUCAGUCAUCGUCUGCGCAUAUCUCGGUGCAGUGUUGGAUGGUGCUUCAAGGUUCAGAAAAUCCACUCUCCGGGAUGAUGUUUCCGGUGCCGCCUUGUUGUGUAUUGCCAAGGAGGAUGACCUGACUUGUGAGUUGCUGAGGCGUGGCGCUGAUCCUACUGAUGAUUACUUGGUCGACCAGGGCAUAGAGAUACGCAUGUGUGCCUUGUGCCUUAUGAACCGCGGUACCUCGGACAAUUUUGUUGCUGCCACCGCUGCCAUGCUGGGUAUGGCAAGGGAGGCCGAAAUGAUGUGCGCGUGGAUGAGCAAAAAUAACAAGCCUGUUGAUUUCUAUGAUGAUCUCAUACCUGAUGAGAUAAUGGACAGCCGCAGGAUCCGGUACUAUACCUUGAAUCUUAUGAUUGAGAUACUAGAAGAAUCUUCUGUUGCAGCUGCUGUUGGGCACAAGAUUGAUAAGGAAGAACCUGCCAAUAGAAAUGGUCCUGGUAGUGAUGGGGAUGGCAUUCCUGCUGAUGGAGCAGCAAACAGCACAGGGGGUGGCAUUAAUUCAGAUGCAUUGAAUUCUCAGUCUAAGAAAAAUAUUGAAGGUGGUGAAAAGAGUAAGAGGAAAGAAGAAAGUCUUUUGGAGAAGCUAUGGGGGUGGGAAAGGCUGCUGCCACUGCACGGUUCCGUUAAGUGGUCCGACUAUCGCAGCUAUCUUGAAGAGUAUCAUGAUGAUUCACAAAUUUCCACUUGUGCUGAGAUGUGUGCUGCUGUUGUCAGAUUUUGUGUCGAAAUGGAGGAGGAGCUCCAGUCCAAGUGGAAGAUUCGGGUGCGACUUAGCACGGCCGACACCUUGCCAGUCAGCACUAUCAUUCAGAGCAGCCUUAUCAAGGAGUUUGCACUUUCGAUCUGCGGCAGAGGGGGUGAAUUGUGUGUUCCUUCUGCCAUUGCUUUUGUGUGUAUCACCAAGGAGGCUGACCUGAUGUGUGAGCUGCUGAAGCAUGGCGCUAAGCCUUCUGAUGACAUCGUCCAGCAGAGCAGCGUGAUCCGCGUGUGCGCCUUGGGCAUUGUGAACCACCUCAGACGACACCAACCUGUUGCUCUCGUUGCUGCAAUGGUGGGUAUGGCAAAUGGGGCCACAAAGAUGUGUGAUUGGAUGAAGAGAGAGAACAAGCUUGUCACCUUCAGCUUGUCCGAGCCUAAUGAGCUUGAGGACUGCCGCUUGAUCCGGAUCAAAGCCUUGGAUGUGAUGACCAGCAUACUGCAUGAGCAUUCAUUUCCUUCUUCCAAGAUGCGGAAUGAUGCAGUGGCAUAUGAAUAAGCCAUACAUUUUGAAGUUUCUUUCACCUGGAACACUAUAUAGUUCUUGUUUAAGUAAGUAAAUUUUGUAUGCUUCAGAAAUCUGCCUUCGGCCUACUACUGCUUGGGUUAUGCGUGUCAAUCAAAUUAUACAUCUACAGCAAAAAAGAAAAUCAGUACCAAAGCAUCUACAGCCAACCAGAACGCUCAAAUUACGCAUCUUACGUGUUGUAUGCUCACAUUUGUAGCAGUUAACUUCGGUUUUGUAGGACAACACCUUUGUUUUGAUGUUCUGUUUCAUUUUCUUUCUGUUAUUUCUCUAGUUUCUUCCUUUGUUUAAUGCAAGCUUGCGUUGCGGCUACUGCACAUAAUGUAAGUUCUGUAACCAUGGCAUUUCAAGAAUUGUGUUGAUGUAUCUAAAGGUUGUUUUGUGGUAAGGUACUAUCAUGGUACAACAUGCUAGAUAAUCUAGAGUUUGGUCUUUAAUAACUUA